AUGACGCUCUCAGGACCCUUACAUCAACGGCCAGCUCUCGUCUCGUCAUCCUGGUUUAACAAAUACCAUGACUACCAAGCUCACGUUGAGUACCUCCACGACCUUUCAAAACUGCACCGUCGGCGGUCGGGAAUCCAUCUUUUUGGGAAAUCCGGUCCUGGUAUAAAGCCUGCCGUCGUCUUCUUCGGAACUAUGCAUGCGCGGGAAUGGAUCGGCACCAUGGUGACCGAGUACAUCGCGCAUAACCUCCUGCAGCUGUACGGUGUCGAUGGGGAUGUUAAGCAUGCGCUCGACAGCUUCGACUUUUACAUCUUCCCCGUCGUCAACCCAGACGGGUUCGUCCACAGCCAAACCGCGAACCGCAUGUGGCGCAAGAACCGACAAACACAGCCCGACAGCCCCUGCGUCGGCCGCGACCUCAACCGAAACUGGGACAUCCAUUGGGCCAGCAAAGGCGGCGCCUCGCCCCGGCCCUGCCGAAGCACGUACCGCGGCGACAAGCCCUUUGAUGCGCCCGAGACGAGGGCGUUGGCGACAGAGCUAGAAGCUAUAAAAGCCCGGCAAGGCAUCAGGCUGUUUAUAGACUGGCACGCGUUUGGGCAGCUAGUCAUGUACCCCUACAGCUACGCCUGCGACAAGCAGCUCCCACCCUUCUCCGCCGUGCGCUGGCUCGGCGCCGAGCUGGCGGGCGCGAUGGGCGCGGCGCACGGGACCGAGUACCGGGCCGGGGCGGCGUGCGAGCUGCUGUACGCGGCGUCGGGCGACAGCGCCGACUGGGCGUUCGAGGUGCUCGGGGUCGACUACGCCUACACGGUGGAGCUGCGGCCGGGGUUACGGGGUCGGGGGCCCGGUGGAGCGGCGGGCGCGGCGGGGUUCCGGCUGCCGGAGCGGCACAUCCGUGGGACGGCGGAGGAGGCCUGGGCCGGGGUGAGGCAUGUGCUGCGGUUUGUGCAUCGGUAUUGA